GUUCAAUUAGUCCGUAUUAGGUUUAGCUCCCAGAGCUACUCACGCGUAUUGCUCGUACCACAUAACUCAACUACUGCAAACCACAUAACUCUACUGCAAACCAAGGCUCUUCACCGCAAAUAUGGAGACAUGCACUCCUAAUUCUAUCUCCUUUCAAUUUUUCAUUUCCAUGUCGUCGUGAGAGGCCUGCCAUAUUGGUUCUUUUUUUUCUUCUUUUCCCUCUUCCCUAUUUCUUUCUACCACUAUAGGGGAGGUAAUAGAAGAAAGGAUUUUAAUAAAAAAAAGAAAUUGGGGGGAAAAUGGCACGUUCGUCGGCUUCAACUACGACCAGCGCCUCUGAGGCGUCCAAGUCGCAGAAGACGAUCCGCCUCAACGGCAAAGGCGGGGAGCCUGGUCCGCAAAAUGGAACCUCAGACCUACAACGAGAUCCGAUCGAGGUCAAGUAUCGCGACUUCUUCUGGACCUACACCGAAGAGCCGCAUCGGACGAGACGCCUGGCCAUUAUCAAGGCGCACCCCGAAGUGACCAAACUCUGUGGCCCCGAGCCCCUCACCAAAUAUGUUGUGCUCGGCGUCGUUUCUCUGCAGAUUUUCUGCGCCUACCUUCUCCGCAACACCCCCUUCUUCUCGGCUCCUUUCUGGCUGCUCGCCUACGUCGUCGGCGCCACCGCCAACCAAAACCUAUUCUUAGCCAUCCACGAAAUCAGCCACAACCUGGCCUUCCGAUCCCCCACCGCGAACCGCCUCUUCGCCAUCGUCGCCAACCUACCUAUCGGCAUCCCCUACAGCGCCUCGUUCCGCCCGUACCACCUGACGCAUCACAAGUCGCUGGGCGUCGACGGCCUCGACACCGACCUGCCCACCGCGCUCGAGGCCAUCUUCCUCGACUCGAUCCUGGGCAAGGCCUUCUUCUGCACCUUCCAGAUCCUCUUCUACGCCGUGCGGCCCAUGUGCGUGUACAGCGUGCCCUUCACCUGGGUCUCCGCCACCAACGUCGCCGUGCAGCUCGCCUUCGACGCCGUCAUCCUCAGGACCCUGGGCACCCAGGCCCUGCUGUACUUCAUCCUGUCGUCCUUCUUGGCCGGCAGCCUGCACCCGCUCGCCGGCCACUUCAUCGCCGAGCACUACGUGUACGAGACCGUGACGCCCGCGCAGGCGAACCCGGACAACCGGAUGGCCGUGCCGGAGACGUACUCGUACUACGGGCCGCUCAACUUCCUGACGUAUAACGUCGGCCUGCACAACGAGCACCACGACUUCCCGGCCGUCCCCUGGACGCGUCUGCCGAAGCUGAACCAGAUCGCCAGGGAGUUCUACGCCGACCUCCCGUACCAUCGCAGCUGGACCUACGUCAUCUGGCGCUUCAUCUUCGACGAGAACGUGGGCAUCCGGUGCAGGGUGAAGCGUAAGGAGGGCGGAAGGCUCGUCGGCCAGAAGGCCGAUUGGAAGCAGGACGAAAUUGAAGCUUAAGGAAUGGCACGGACUGCAUAUAAGACUAUGUGUUGAGAGUGAAUAUGUAGUACAUUAUCUCAUAGGAAACUGUAUAUUUACUCCCUAUAGUGCCUUUAUUCAGAUAUGGUUUGGCGCUGGGCAAAUGGAGGCCAAGAUAGAAUCGACCUCCUAAAAAUACGUACAUAAUUGUCUCUAAAUGAGUUACCUCCGUCGCUUCUGCAUAUAUGAUUUGGUCCCCUCGUUACCAAGAGUAACGCCCCAAGGGCUGGGUAAAGAGAGAUUACUAUUAAGAGCUACCAAAAUCCGGAUGAUCAUGCGCAUAAGUCACUUAUAUAUCCA